AGCGCAUCGGUGGAACGCGGGGCUCUAUAAGCCGCGCGGAUCACUAACCGCAAAGCGAACGGAAACUCUGAACGCUGUGCAUUUCUGCUGGACUCGUGACGUCACUGCCCUGCGAUGCCAAGUCGCCUUGCCGAGGGCUGUGCGCUUCUGCUCGCUGUCCCACUCCCGCAGAAGUAGGGUGCGUUUCUUCCCCUUUUCUUCAAACUGCCCCGCAAGAGUCUUUCCCUUUCACCAGCCUGUCCCGCACAUGUAAUAUUCCGGAAAGUUGUUUUUUUAAUUUUAUGGGGCAAAGUGUGGGCUUUUCUGGAAAAUGUUACGUAGAGCGAUUUUGUUAAAGAGUGUAAAAGACGAUGAUAAUGCGGAUUCGGGAGCGGAGACAGCCGGAUCUGACUGCAGCAAAAUGUCUUCACUGGGCAGUGACCUGCUGGCAGCCCCGCCCAUAGAGCCGCUGAUGACUGUGCACCUGUUGGCCAAUCCGGGGGACUCUCUCCUGCUGCAGCACACGCUGGACCGGCUGCUCCAGUGGCUGUGGCCGGGCCUGCGCCUCUUCCACGUUUCAGAGCGGGCGUGUGCGCUGCGGGACCCCUCCCACUCGCACCCGCGCCCGGGGGCGGGCUAUCCCUCGCUGGCGGUGACGCUCUUCCUGCACGAGUCGUACGGGGAGGAGCGCAUCCUGCAGGCACUGGACUUCCUGCAGCGUCCCCCCUGGCAGUACCACCACACAGAGGGCGGGGGGGCCCGGCUGCGGCCGUACCUGCUGCCCAGCUGCGAGCUGCACAGCCUGGGCGCGGGCAUGCCGUUGUGGGCGGUGCGGCCUGUGCACUGCGGACCCGAGGCUCUGCGCGUCACGCUGCACACCGCGCACCGUAACUACGACGACGCCGUGCGGCUGUACCAGCUGGUGCUGCGGCGGCGGGCGGAGACGCAGCGGGCGGGGCUGUGCUGGUUCACGCUGCGCGCACGGUCCGGCCUGCGUCUGCAGCUGGCACUGAAGCAGCUGGCGCCCGGCGUCGCCGUGCAGCCCUGCCAGUCCGCCGUGCUGCAGUUCCGCGCUGGCGAGAUUGGCCAGCUCGUCCCGCUGCUACCCCACCCCUGCACCCCCAUCAGCGCCACCCGCUGGCAGACGGAGGACCUCGACGCCAACAAGAUACUCUUCCAGGUAAAAGAACAGCCCCAGCCAAGGUUUCCCACUUCUGCCUUCUCUCUGAACUCAGCCCCCCCCUCCAGAGGUACUCACACAUGUGGGGGCUCCUGCCUGACACAGUGUGGGCCCCCUUGCCAUCGUAGGCCCCGGACUCUGGACCCAGACGUGGGAGGCCUAGGCUCCUGGGAGGGGUACCCUGCAGAGUUGAAGAUUUGGGGAGCGCCCAGGGAGGACAGUGUGGGGUCAGAUAGCUGUUGCAGUACCCCCCCCAGCAGCUCCUGCUACUCCUCCCAGUGCAGCAGCCCCGCCCCCUCCCUCUUCCCUCAUUCUCUGCCAGAUCCAACCCUCUCCUGUGCCCCGCCUCUUCCCCUGCCAGACCCCGCCCUCUUCUGUGCUCCGCCCCCUCCCCUGCUGGACCCCACCCUGUCCAGUGUGCUGGGGGAGGAGCCGGAGAUGGACGUGGACACUGGAUUCGCUGUGGAGUCCCGGCAGGAGAGGCCUGUCACAGUGGGCGCCUCUUCCCUGGAGACAGUUGCUAAGGACCUGUGCCAGUGGUUGCCAGACACAGCCAGGGGAGACGUGACAGGGGUAGAUGGGACUGUGACGUCAUCACCCUGUGGUAGCAACAUGCAUCCCAGGACAGGCGGGGCUCUGGGCCAGAAUCGGGGCGGAGCCCAGCAGAGGCAGGCCGGGGGGGAUCAGCCUCCCUCACACGAGCCGGAUGAGUUCUUCAUCUGAGCCCUACUGAACAAGCCUUACUGAACACCUGCACCUCUCCCCUACUGAACACGCCUUUCUGAACACCUGCACCUCUCCCCUACUGAACAUGCCUUACUGAACACCUGCACCUCUCCCCUACUGAACACGCCUUACUGAACACCUGCACCUCGCCCUACUGAACAUGCCUUACUGAACACCUACACCUCACCCUACUGAACAUGCCUUACUGAACACCUGCACCUCGCCCUACUGAACACACCUUUCUGAACACCUGCACCUCUCCCCUACUGAACAAGCCUUUCUGAACACCUGCACCUCUCCCCUACUGAACAUGCCUUUCUGAACACCUGCACCUCGCCCUACUGAACAAGCCUUUCUGAACACCCGCAGCUCUCCCUACUGAACAUGCCUUUCUGAACACCUGCACCUCGCCCUACUGAACACACCUUUCUGAACACCUGCACCUCUCCCCUACUGAACAUGCCUUUCUGAACACCUGCACCUCUCCCCUACUGAACAUGCCUUUCUGAACACCUGCACCUCGCCCUACUGAACACACCUUUCUGAACACCUACACCUCGCCCCUACUGAACACGCCUUACUGAACACCUGCACCUCUCCCCUACUGAACACACCUUACUGAACAUCCAUACCUGGCCCCUACUGAACACACUUUACUGAACACCCACACCUCGCCCCUACUGAACACACCUUACUUAACACCCACACCUCGCCCCUACUGAACACACCUUACUUAACACCCACACCUCGCCACUACUGAACAAGCCUUUCUGAACACCCGCAGCUCUCCCUAACGAAUACACCUUACUGAACACCUACACCUCGCCCCUACUGAACACACCUUACUGAACACCCACACCUCGCCCCUACUGAACACACCUUACUGAACACCCACACCUGUCCUUACUGAACACACCUUAGGAAACACCUACACCUCAUUCAACUGAACACACUAUAUGCCCAUAGCUUACUGUUGACGCGUUUUAGCUGGUCUAUAGGAGUAAUUUGAUAAUUCUAUUCAAUUUUAUUUGUAUAUAGCUUAUUACAGAGAACUGUCACAAAGACACUUUAGAGAGAAGCAAGGCAAGAGAGCAAGCAGAGCAAACACCAUGCCUGAACCCACAAGUACAUAAGGUAAAAAACUUCCAGCGAGGAGAAAACCCUCAAACAGUGGCGAGAAAAAACUCCCCAAUGGGAAGAAAUCUCAAGAGGAACCCUGCUAUAGAGGGUGAGCCCAUCAUCCACUGACCAGGCAAUAAAGUAUAAUGAUAUAAAGUAGGAUAAUGUUAUUAUUACUGAUCACAAUAAUAAUAAUGAAUAACGAAUAAUGUUUGUUAAUGAACAACAGUAUUUUUUGUAGUGUAUCUUAGUGAUCUUUACAGAGAGAGAGGGAUGAAUCAGUUUCUUCUGCCAGUACACAGUAUCGCACGUGAUUGGCUGAAGUCUUCCUGCUCACAGAAUCAUCAUCAGCAGCAUUGCUUUACCUCUCUGUUUCCUGAGAGACACAAACCUGCUCUGUUUCCUGUGGCUCACAAACCUGCUCUGUUUCCUGUGGCUCACAAACCUGCUCUAUUUCCUGUGGCUCACAAACCUGCUCUGUUUCCUGUGGCUCACAAACCUGCUCUGUUUCCUGUGGCACGCAAACCUGCUCUGUUUCCUGUGGCUCACAAACCUGCUCUGUUUCCUGUGGCUCACAAACCUGCUCUGUUUCCUAUCGCUCACAAACCUGCUCUGUUUCCUGUGGCACGCAAACCUGCUCUGUUAUCCUGUGGCACACAAACCUGCUUGUUUCGUCGCUCACAAAUCUGCUCUGUUUCCUGUGGCUCACAAAUCUGGUCUGUUCCCUGACCUCCUGGGUAUAUUCCUGCCUUUCACCCAGUCUGCUCACAGGACACUGAUGAACACUCAGUGUUGAUAUGCACUGGUCAUUUUGCCUUGUUCUAGCUAAUUCAAAACAGGCUUUUAAUCUGUUUUUUCACCCAGAGACAGUGCAUCGACCUUUUUCCAUAGUGCCACACUUUUUCAUGUUUAUCGACCUUUCAGAGGCCUUUCCCCAGGGGUCUGUGUCCUCAUGUUGGCCUACCUGCCUUACCUGAGCACCUGUGGUUCACACAUCCCUGCAAAGCUUCUGCAGUUUAGUGAUUUCUGCUGGGAUGAGUUUCAGUUCUCCAGAGCUUCAGCUUCCCUGAGCUUCAGCUCCCCUGAGCUUCAGCUCCCCUGAGCUUCAGCUUCCCUGAGCUUCAGCUUCCCAGAGCUUCAGCUCCCCUGAGCUUCAGCUUCCCAGAGCUUCAGCUCCCCUGAGCUUCAGCCUCCCUGAGCUUCAGCUCCCCUGAGCUUCAGCUUCCCUGAGCUUCAGCUUCCCUGAGCUUCAGCUUCCCAGAGCUUCAGCUCCCCUGAGCUUCAGCUUCCCAGAGCUUCAGCUCCCCUGAGCUUCAGCUUCCCUGAGCUUCAGCUUCCCAGAGCUUCAGCUCCCCAGAGCUUCAGCUCCCCUGAGCUUCAGCUUCCCAGAGCUUCAGCUCCCCUGAGAUGUGUUAAUAUAUAUAUAUAUAUAUAUAUAUAUAUAUAUAUAUAUAUAUAUAUAACCGAGUCAGUACCACUAGAAAUCUGCCAGUGACUUAGCGGUGAUAGAUGAUGUAUAACCAUGAUUACAGAGUUUAAUGGAAAUUCUGCAGGAACCAUGAAAUGUGCAUCUGGUCCAAUGUGUGUAGGCUCAGUUAGGCUGUUCAUGAAACCAGAAACCCUAUAGCAUCCAAUAUGAGGAUACACAUGAAAAUAAAUGUUUUAGCACUAUGUGUAGACAUUAGCAUUGGAAUACUGAGUCAGUAUUGGAAUCACUCGAUGCAUUUUAUAUUCUUUGUUGUAAUUACUAUAGAGGUAUUAAUACCUGAUGGGAUCUUAUUGUAAUCUGCCUGUUAAAUUAUUUUUAUGACCGUUGUCGGCAUUAAAGCCUUUAAUGUAACUUAAAACUUGCCUAUUGCUGAGACUUGUCAAAUGUAAUUAAAUUUUAAUCAAGA